UACCAUGAAGAGCAAAAUUAACGCGUCCUCCUCCCCAUCCCCAGUCCGACGAUUCCCAAUCCAAGAGGAGCGAUGGCGCGCUGCUCCCCGCCGCUGCUGCGCCGCCUCUUCUGCCGCGCCGCCAAAUCCGCCUCCGCCGCCGGCGCCGGCACCGGCGGCACUAGCAAGAAGAAUAUCGUCUUCUUGGGCUCCCCCCAGGUAGCCGCCUCCGUCCUGGAAACUUUGCUGGUGGCGUCGGAGUCGCCGGACUCCUCAUUCCAGGUUUCCGCCGUCGUGACGCAGCCGCCGGCCGCCAAGAACCGGGGGAGGAAGCUGAUGCCGUCGGCCGUCGCGCAGCUCGCGCUCGACCGCGGGUUCCCCGGCGACCUCAUCUUCACCCCGGAGCGCGCUGGAGAGGAGGCGUUUCUGUCAGACCUGAAGGAGGUGAGACCAGAGCUCUGCAUCACUGCUGCCUAUGGAAACAUUCUGCCUCAGAGGUUUCUUGAUAUCCCGCCUUAUGGAACUGUUAACAUACACCCGAGUUUGCUGCCUCUAUAUCGUGGUGCAGCACCUGUGCAGAGGGCAUUGCAGGACGGUGUUGAAGAAACAGGUGUUUCCCUUGCAUAUACUGUCCGUGCCUUGGAUGCGGGUCCAGUUAUUGCUUCUGAAAAGUUUGCUGUAGAUGAGUAUAUUAAGGCACCGGAGCUGCUUGCUAUAUUGUUCAACUUAGGAUCCAAGCUAUUGCUUCAUGAACUACCCUCUAUUCUUGAUGGAACGGCUAAAGAAAAGGCAAAACCACAAGAUGACUCCAAAAUUACACAUGCACCGAAGCUGAAUUCUGAUGAGUCAUGGUUGUCAUUCAACCAAGAAGCUAAAUUGCUCCAUAACAAGGUACGAGCCUUUGCAGGUUGGCCAGGAACUCGCGCAAAGUUGCAGCUUGUGAACCAAAAUGGGGAACCCGAUGUGCUUGAGAUUAAGGUUAUCAGCACGAAGGCUUGCGCAUCCUGUGACAAAACCGGAGAUGGAAAUGAGGUACUCUUCUCGGGGAACUCAUUGCUGAUUCCUUGCGGUGGAUCAUCUUGUCUCGAGGUCGUGGAGCUUCAACUCCCUGGAAAGAAGGUGACGACAGCAAGGGACUUCUGGAAUGGUUUGCGUGGUCAGAGGCUGCUGAAAUCACCAUAGAAGAAUUACCAUGAUCAUCACAGCGUAUACUACCACUGCAUGAACAACAAAGACGAUCGUAUGUGAUAUGCGCUUGAUUUCUACAAGUCAUGGUAGAAACUGAUGCUGUCAAUGGAGAACAUUUUCAGGAGAAUGCUACUACAGGUAGAGGCACAUUACUCGACGAGAUCUUUUACUUUUCAGAUCGUAUCAUUGUGAAGAUAAAAUUCCAUGCUACUUCGUGUUUUUAGAUACCUCGUACCUCCAUUCGCCAUUGGAAUCUGUAUUAUCUCCAAAAUUUUGGGAAAGAGUGCACAAUUGUUAGCUACUAUUUGUAAGAGAGACAGAGAGUGCUGACCAGUACAAUUCCUGAUUGCCAACAGGGGCCAAAAUGAAAACUAUGGAUA